AAGUGAUCGAAGAAGACAAAAUAAGGAAAAUUUUUCGCUAAAUUUUUAUCAAAACAAAURAUCAAACUUAGUUAAAGACAAAAAUUGAAAAUUCUAUGAAAACUCGUUUUGAAAAAGCGACARAAUAUGGAAGAGGACGACUGCUACUCGCAUUUAUCGCUUUUGGUGAGCGGGUUGCGUCGAAUGGUUGCCGACCCAGAUGUSAUGAAAAGCGCCAUUGAGGAAAUAGAUUCUCAACUGGAGACGAAUUCUUUAAGACUCCAGGAAAGCUGGGCAGAACUUGAAACAUUAUGUAAUGAGUCUCUGAACCCAAAUGAAGAUCUAACAUCUCUGGAGGAAACAAAGAGUGCUAUGGAACUGCUGAAAACAUUUGAAAUUCAAGACCACAUCUGCAAGUCAGAACCAAUGGUAUUAAACUGCUUCUUGAACAAUGUGAUACAAGCCCUUGAAAGAAACCCUGGUCUAGAGGAAACCAUCUUUCAYGAACUUGUCAACUUUGCCUCCUCUCAAGGCAUGAUACUACCCUAUGCUCUCCCCCUGACAACCAMUAAUGACCAACCCCCUGAAAAUAAYGAUGGUGAGGAGGAUGAUAUAGUUGAUGAGGAGGAGACACAGUURCUAUGGAACAAAAUCCGCCUAAAGGUUAAAGUUGGUCUCUGGCAAGCAAUGAGUAACAUACCUCUUGAGACAUCUGAGAGACGCURUGAGAARAGCCAUAGAGACAGACGUGAUUUAAUCCAAAGUUUGCAGUUUUUAUUUCCUAUUAAAGAUGUCUGGCAGGGGUAUAUUCAGUUCCGGCAUCGAAUGAUGGAGAAGUAUAUCAUUUCACCAGAUUUGAUUUCUCAUCUUGARACAGGCGUCAUGUGUCAGUACAAAGACGCUCCUUCCAAUGCCAUUACACUUGCUAAACUAAGCCRUGCURUUGAGAUUAUGAUUUGUGAAGAYAUGAGRCUUCUAGAGGASGGGAAUUUCCCUGGCUGUGCUAUGUCAUUCAAAGAGAUUGAUGAUAUCUACUUGGAAAAGUACAUGUUAGAGUUGAGAGCAGUUUUGCAAGCAUACAGAGAGGAGAAGAGAAAGAUAGCAGAAAGGCGUGGAUCUAGCAGAAGCACRUCAAGUAUGAGUAUCCAUGGYGAUGACUUGAUUGUUUACAAGUUAUGUUUCCUAGCAACCGUGAGUCUUGAGAUGACAGUGGUCAAAGUUCUUGAACAAAACAGCAAUGGUAUUACACACAAUGUUCUGAAGCCAACUAUUARCCCAAAUAGCAGUACUGGAAGAACACAGUUACCAAAACUGAUCCACAAAUCAAGCAAAGAUCUUCCUGUUCUACAAGGCUGGACAGGGGCACCAUUUAGUGUUAGCCAAUGUGAUUUCCCAACUCCUCAUGCAUCGGCUCACAGUAUWUCAUCUCCUUGGGCCUGGCGAGAGGAGUUCAAGCACGUCAUCUCAAGAAUAUCAUCUGCAGUCAGUGAGACAAUAAAACUGGGCAGUGAUUCUGCUUUAGAGGAACAGACUAAGAUCUACGCCAGCAACCAUGCUUUACAAGUCAUCAAACUCAAAGAUGAGCUUGUUGGUGGYCCAGAAGAUUAUCCAAAGUGCAUUGCAAAAAGCUGUUCAGUUAUAAUGGCAAGAGCUGACGAAGUUCUUCCACUGGCCAGUAGUGAAGGAACCAAACUCUUUCAAGUAGUGAGGUCAUCUUUUGUUGACACCUUGGACUCGUGUUUGAAGAAUUACUUCUCCAGUAUAAUGAAGAUUAUUGAAGAUUUCCCCAAGAAAUGCAGCACGCAAACCCUGUAUAUUUUAUUGAGCAGUGCUGUGUUUGUCAGGAAUCGUUUAGCUCAAUAUGAUGAAGUUUUGGGAACAGAACCAAGGCGUCCAUUUGCUGUGCUUCAUCGCCAGUACAGCGAAGUUGUUGACAGUCUCACUAAUCAAGUUAUAAAYUAUCAAAAACACAUCAUCUCAACUGUCAUACUACAAGAUGCCGAAAGCCAUAAUUGGGCAGACCAGAGACCAUUCUUUGAGGAUGAACGCUGCUCAUUUGCAAUCCAAAUGUGGAACUUCCACAUCCAAGCUCUUCAGCAUGACCUCUGGAAGUUYGUCCCUCCAGCGAAAGCCCAGCACAUCUUAACYACCCUCGUCCAACACUCUGUAUCGUUACUUACAUUGCGUUACGGUAACGCUGUACUGUCAUAUAACAGAGUCAAGCAGUUUCGUUCGGACAUCACGGCCAUCUUAAUGUGCACAUUGUCGUUCUUGUGGCCUUGUUGUAGUUCUUUACAAGUCUUGUUUGAUAACAGCAAAGAUGAAACGAUGAUUUCAAGCAUUCAUAACUUGUGUUCUUGCCUACUGGCCACAAUGGCUUUCGUGACAUGCCCACUUGAGGACCUUUGCAAAUUCCUGUGUACCAAGAAGAAGUCAAGGAAAUGUCGACGUGGCAACAGAACUGACUGGUUGUCAUGGAUACACCCGGAAGUUCUUAAGACACACGACGGAAGUCUAGGGGUUCUAAUCGAUCGUCAAGCCUUGAAUGUUUUAUUCAAAUUGAUGAUCAACCAGCCUCUCCCUAAUUGGUCACUUGUGCUACAGACUUUGCUGCUGCGAGAUGCACGUCUUGCUGGAAUUAUUGUGAAGUAUGGAGAUUUAUCUGUGCUUGGAAAUCCUGGGAYUCAAGACGAUGUCAAUCCUCAYGCUGAACACCAUCGCUGGUGYAAGGAAUCGAUACCUUCGCCUAGUACCCAGACMCCUGCUUCUGGUUUGGUGUACUCGUUAUAUCACAUCCUUUUCCAGACAACACAACAGUCAGUUGCUGUAGUGAACUUUCUGAUAGCUCUUGUUAACAGAGAAGACAGCUGGAAGUUAUUCGAAUCCAAAUCGAAUACRAAAACCUUGAGUAAAGACGAGUUUCCUGUCUGGCUUAAUUGCAUGUUCAUCACUUUCAAACCAUACAUWGAGAGAUUUGUGCAGGCAUCACUACGCCAUCUUUGUGAACGCGACCUUAAAGGAGCCAAGUCUUUUAAUUUUACAUCGAUGAGCUCACUUCCCUGUGGGUGUCCGUGUGUAAACACGAACAAAAAGCAGGGAAAUAACAGAGGAGAUGCCGAGUUGAUAUUCUCAGCCCUUCACGAUUUGGUGAAUCAACUGGCUGAUGACUUGAAUACAGUUCCCUCUGAAAUGUUCCAGUUCAUAUCUGUUUUACAAGAAUCUCUGAACAGAAAAAAUAUCGACUCAUCAACUGCAGGAAUCAAGGUUCUUGGUUGGUUGUUAUGUCGUUGGUUGUCCGAUCCAGACUGUUUAGCGUCUACCUGUGAUAGCCCCCCAUCAUCAACAAUGCUUAAAUUAGUUGACAUGUUUUCUGAGGUCACGUGGCAUGUAUUCGUCCAUCUUGGUGAUGGCACGGGUUUGGUCGAUAACCCAAAACUUCCCAUGAACCUUGAGGGGCUUUUGAGAUCAAGUCAUGGGUGGCUAUCGAACAAAAUCCAAGUCAUCAUGGAGCACAUUGUCAAUCAUGUCGGGGAGGAAUACCAGCCAGACACGGUYCAUGACGAAAUAACUGACGUUAAGUGCACAUACCUGGCUAAAGAACUUCUUAGUGAUGACAAAGGUGCCAGAACGAUGUUCCAUGUUUAUCGCUUUCUYGUCGACAACAAAGGCUGGCUGAUGAAUCUCAUACUAAUCCCUGGUCACAUCCUCCCCCCGAAACCCUCCUCAACUCAGUCCCAAUCCCACUCUCUCUGUUCAUUCAAUCCUUUACAAAAGUACAAUCUUAUCGGUGAGUACGACUUCGACCAAGAGAAGAUUGCUUCAUUUCCGUUCGAUUGGUCGGCCCUUUUGCAGUCCGAUCUAGGUCUUCUACCGCCCGCGGUUCGUAAACUCGUGUGCAACCGUUUUGAAAUGCAGACCGGCGCUUAUUUGGAAGAAGGGGAGAAAAUUCUUGUGGAUAAAAUGAAAAAACUUUUUGGAAUCAAAGAUGAGGUUGAGGACGAGGAGCAGGUACAAAUGGUGUAGUCAUCCGGGAACUUUAAAAUUUUAUCACGUGGCAAAAUAUAUCACGUGAGAAAAUUUGUCAAGUCGAUGUCUUCGCAAAAUUUUGUCAUCAUCGCAGAACUUGCGCAUUUGGGAAGAUUGAAAAACCAUUUUAUCACGUGAUUUUAUCUGCAACGCCUUCGAAAACAAAACAACCGAUCACAUGAUCAGUGUCCAACAAGCUUUGGUAACUUAGUAAUGAAAUGUUUCAAAAACAUGCGAUUUACUUGAGCCCGAACAGACGUGGUUUGAAAGCAUAUAUGACGAAAACACAUUCCUUUCACUGAAAUAUAUACAAUGUAUAGAUUAUAUUUAAGAGAGUAUAUUUAUAGAGUUUAAAUUAUUACCUAUAAACUAAUAAGCUGGAGCAUUAUGUGAAAAUUAUAUAAAACACAUUAAAACGAAUAUUGUCACUGACUUACAA